AUGGUUGGUAUCUUCGCAGAAAACAGGUGGCAAACCACAGGCAAACUAGCUGACUAAAUAAACAGGAAGUGGGUUUGAAAAAUAUACACCUGGAAAAUCGAAGAAAAACAUGUGGCUUUCUUUUGUUUUCCUCCAUAAACCGUCAGCUUGAAAGAGCAGCAGUUGGAACGUGCGCUGAUCGAACUGUAGUAACAGAAAUCGGUGAACAAAACAAGCCGAAGAAACCGUAGACGGCUAUUCUUCAGACAUAUAUUGGAACGGAGCCGUCUGCGCUUGGCCCACGUCUGGUCUGUACGUAGCCCUCGUCGUUGCGGUGGUUGCGGGUUCUGCGGAUUACGGCGGGAGAUGAGCGAAGCGACGUCCAGCUGAAUGUGCGGAUGAAAAACGCAUGACGCCAGCCACGGAGAAGAGCACACGUGGGGCUGAACGCGCGUCGCCGCCAGCAUGAGUGAGAAAAAAGUGUCGUGCGCCCUCCGGGAGGCCCUUGAAACUGUGUUCGGCCACACGGCCUUCCGCAGCGGCCUGCAGGAGAAAGCUGUGGAAGCGGUCGCACAAUGCGCCCAAGACGUGUUCGUGUCCAUGCCUACGGGCGCGGGCAAGUCGCUGUGCUACCAGCUCCCCGCAGUAGUGACGCCCGACUCCAGCGUCACCGUGGUGGUGUCCCCGCUGAUUGCGCUCAUGUCCGACCAACUGCAGAAGCUCCGCGACCUGGGCAUAGACGCGGAGACCAUCAACUCGACCAUGAAAAAGUCCGAGCGGGACCGCGUCCGGUCCGACCUGUUGAGCAUGUCACCCGAGACUCGGCUGCUCUACGUAACGCCCGAGCAGGUGGCGACAGAGGGUUUCCAGGGCAUCCUCAAGGCGCUGCACCGGAUCGGCAAGCUGGCCAGGUUCGCGAUCGACGAAGCCCACUGCGUCUCCGAGUGGGGCCAUGACUUCAGGCCGGACUACCUCAAGCUGGGCAGGGUGAGGGACAUGUUUCCCGACGUGCCCGUCGUCGCCCUGACGGCAACGGCGUCCGCCAAAGUCUUCGACGACAUCCUGGUCCAGCUGCGGCUCCGCCAGCCCGUGGCAAUCUUCAAGACCUCUAGCUUCCGGGCCAACCUCUACUACGACGUGGAGUUCAAAGAAGCGCUCGAAGAGCCCUUCGAGAACCUGAAGGGCUUUGCUCUCAAGGCGCUUGGCGCCGACUGGGAUUCGGAGGACUGCAAGAGGAGGGGCAGCGGCAUCGUCUACUGUAGGACGCGCGACGCGUGCGAGGAAGUCAGCCUGAAGCUGACGUCCCUCGGCCUGCUCACCAAACCUUACCACGGAGGCAUGAAGCCAUCCGAGCGGGAGGAGAACCAGGCAGAGUGGACGGAAGGCCGGCUGCCUGUCAUUGCCGCCACCGUCAGCUUUGGCAUGGGGGUGGACAGGGCCAUGGUGCGGUUCGUGGCCCACUGGUCGGUGCCGCAGUCCGUGCCCGCCUACUACCAGGAGUCCGGCCGGGCGGGCCGCGAUGGCCGGCCGUCCUACUGCCGCAUCUACUACUCCCGCAGAGACAGGAAGGCCAUAACUUUUCUGAUUCAGCAGGACGGGAAGCGUGCUCGUAACAACAGGGGCAAGGUGGUCGCAGAGGCAGCAGCCAAGGCGUUCGAGAAGAUGGUCGAGUUCUGCGAGGGGACAACGUGCCGCCACGCGGUCCUCUGCCGGGAGUUUGGAGACGACCUGGAUCGCUGCGGCAAAAACUGCGAUGCAUGCGCCAAGUCCAAGAGCCUCGAGGCACGCCUCUCCGCAUUCCGCGGGACGCUGCUGACGGGAAAGUUUGAAAAGACGAGCCGGAGCAAUGGCUUCGACAGCGAGCUCUACGGCGGGGGGAGACACGGACAGAAGAUAGAGACGGAGUCCUACAACUCUGACGAUGACAGCGACGGCGACAGCAACGACAGGGCAGCCGCAGUGGCGCUGUCGCAGUUGAUACAGAAUGAAUUCAGCAAGCGCCGGAAAAGCGGCAGUUCAGGAGAGCCCAAGAAGAGGAGCAUCCCGAAAAACUGCUCCGUGCUCGAGCCGAAGUGUUCGGCGAUCAAGGAGGUCUCCGUCGAAACGCGCCAGGACUACGUGUCGAAGCUGAGGCAAGAGAUGGAGUUGAACUAUACGGCCUGGGAGGCCUUCAAUGACACCCCCAAGCUGACCUCCGAGGACAUCAAGAACUGUGCCGCGGAGCACGAGCUCGCCGUAUUCAAGACGAAGCACAACGUCCAUAUAUACAGGAAGGAGCUGGUGAACCUGUUUGUGGCACUUCGGAACGACACGAGGGCCGUGCAGCUGCACAAACUGCUCGCAACCUACGGCGGCCCCGAGCGAGGGGCAAAAAAGGCCAAGGUAGAAAAGGAGAAGCCCGAAAGGUUGCACACCAUCUUCAAGUAUUUUGGUCAGGAAAAGAGUGAGGAAGCUUCUGGCAAGGAAACCAAAGUGCGCGGUGUUGCGGACAACAACGGCAAGGCCAGGCUGGCUGCGCUCGGUUUGUCUUCGGACGACUCUAGCAGCUCGCACGACUCUGUUCUCAGCAGCAGCGGUAAGACGGGCUCUCCCGAAGCAAAGGACGUGAAGUGCCCCACUGCCGUGAGCAGCGAGUCAGGAGAGAGCGGAAGCGGGAGUCUUGCCAGUCUAUCGCAGUCUACACCGGACGAGGACGACGAAAACAAGCAGACCAUACGGUACUUUUUUGAAGCAUCCCCUCACAAGAGAAGGAGGGAGGGUUCCCUAGAGGAUAGUGGGGAGGCCGCGUCACCUGUCGAAGAGGCGGACGACGAGUGCAGGAAGCGAAUCAGAGGUGAACAGGGAGAGUCGCGUAAGGCGAAAGACACAAGGAAGGUUUCGCCCAAAAUGUCGAGGCACAGUGACGACGCAUCAGCUCCGAAGGAAGGCAAGCCAAGAAAAAAAGAGGUCACUGCUCACAAAGAGAGCCCAGAAAGAGCAAAAAAUCACGGGGCUCGAAAAAAGAGUCCGGACGCAGCGAGGGAUGAUGAUAAGGUUCGGAAAAAGAGUCCAGACACGGCCGAGGGCUCCAAAGUGCCUACGAAGGAGUCUGCCGCACGAAAAGAUCCCAAGGCAGAAGCAAAGGGGACAGCAAAGCAGCCAAACAGCCACACAAAGAAAGCAGACGAAGAUGCUAAGAAGCCCUCAGUCAAGGAAGACCUCAACCAGGCAGCGAAGCACAUCAACCGUUUCCUCUACCCAAAGUACAAAGAGAACAAGGUAUCCAAAGAACUCUUCAAGAAGAUCUGCAAGCUCCUCUCUCACAAGCUGGUGGCUGAGAACACCAUGUCUGACAAGGCAGCCAAGGUGGCUGUGGAAGCCAUCUUCAAGGACAAGGAAGUGGUGACCGAAGCAGACUUGGAAGGCCUAUAGCAGGCUUGGCCGACGCAAAUCGAUCUCACUGAUUGCUCGCUGCAUUGCACCCUUUUCCGGUUUUUUGUUACGAACCGAAGGCAGUAUGUUGAAGUGGCGCCAACAUUUCUGGAUCACAUUUACUUUGAGAGAUGUUCGCUGGGGCCGAGACACACCGAGGAUGCACCAAACCGCGGCUCUUGCAAGGCAUCGAUAAUAUCUUUUUGCAGUGUAACACCGAUGUGAAAUAACCUGCUGUGGUCAGGGUCCCUUGGGAGUGUUUCAUGGACCGUGCCAGCUGGUCAGUUAUCCAAAGUAUUCCUGCAAAUGUUGAUGCAGAGGAUAGUGUGUUGUGUUUGUGUGAGCAGCGAAUCUGCGGCACUUUGUUCCAACUUUCACCGAACAUGUACAGAGGCUUUUUUUUUUUUUGUGCCUUCCUCGAUCACAGCUCUAAGGUCGGUUUCUUUGCCGUUUCAGUUGAGGCGACCGGGACUUAAUGUUGGGCACGUGUGGGUCCUUUUCUUUUUGUCUCUAAUGAGCCGAACCAAAUACUCGAAAUGCUUCAUUGUAAUUUCCGAAUGGACUCCAUUGGGGCAUUGGCAUGCAGGCGAGAGUUCUACAGUAAAAACUGCGUCGGUUUUAAUGAGCUCCAACGUUUUCCACAGUUCGCAACAUGCUUUUCUUGGCCUCACCACCGCGGAACUUCCUUCGGGUUCUUGAUGUUUGAAGAGCAGCUGCGUGUCUUUGUGUUUCAGCGAUCACACCAACCAUGCGGAUUUCCUCGGCGGCACGGCUCGAUCCCAAAGAUGCAACCCACCGCGUGUGUGUUGUAAUAGACUAGUGGAACAACUUGUGCACUAGUUGCCAAAGGAGCUGCUGGAGUGUUGCUUUGUUUUUGUGGGGUUCCUCGUGGCAGCCACCUGUCUGGAAAGUCGAGAACGCUGAUGUUUGCCCGAGUUGUCGCAUUUGAUUGAUGAGAGCCUGCAGUCUGGAUCGCACCAAUGUUUAGAGGGGUGCGUGCACACGGUAUUAUAAAUAUGCAGGGAAACAUUGUGGCAGGCAGCA